AUGAGGUUUAUUAUUCUUUUGUUGUUGACGUUCAUCAUCGGGGCGAAUUGCAAAUAUAUUGCUUCUGCUGGGGAAAAGAAAAGUUAUGCAGAGCAAGGGGUGCAAAAUGAAUACACAAUUGAAAAACAAACAGAAAAAUUGUCAACAAUUGACGUUGGUGUUCACCCAGGAAUUCUUAAAGUGAAUGAAGAAUCAGGAGUCCUCGAUGAACUUUUAGAAGGCGACAUUAUCAAACCAAAGAAAGAAACACGCAACACGAUACUAGACGAAUUUACUGAAUUGUUCUGGCCAACUAAAUUCAUUCCAGUGGCAUUUGCAAACGGAACUAACUUAUUUGGAAGAGCAGCGAUUGACGAAGCCAGAAGAGAAUACGAAUUGAGAACAUGUCUGAGUUUUCCUGCAAGGACCAAUGAGACAAACCAUAUAACGUUUCGACGUUUAAACGGAUGCUUCUCGAGCAUUGGAAUGCAAGGAGGCGGUCAGGUAAUUUCAAUUGGAGAUAGAUGCGAAGAAAUGUACACAGUGCAACAUGAGAUGAUGCAUGCGAUAGGAAUUUGGCAUGAACAAUCACGAGCCGAUAGGGACGAAUAUGUACAGAUUAUGUGGGGAGACAUCACCCCCAAUACUGUAAACAACUUCAACAAUUAUGACUACACUGAAAUCGACAAUAGGAGAAUCGCAUAUGAUUUUGAUUCGGUUAUGCAUUAUGGAAAAACAGCGUUCACCAAAAACGGCAACAACACGAUUCGAACACGUGAUCCAAAAUUCCAAGAUGUGAUUGGUCAACAAAGCACAUUCAGUCCCGGUGACGUCAUCAAGAUCAACCGAAUGUACGACUGCAGUGAUACAGUACGAAUUACGAACAGUGUUAAUUUCGAAGAAACAAACGCCGGUGGUUACGCAAUGGAAGACAGCGACACCAUGUGGCUGAGACAUAACAUCGACACUUCAGACGCCUCUGGUCCAACAACCAAAUAUCUCCCGAAGUUUGAUUCGUCAUUUGGUCAAGAAGGCACCGGCAGUUUUAUGUACUUGGAUACCUCUUCGAAGUUUCCAGGACUCACGGGACAAAUGAAGUCCAUGCGCUACGCAACAACAGUAGCUCGUCAAUGUCUGGAGUUUUCACAUUACAUCAACUUGAACGAUGAAAGCGGUGCAUCUAUGGCGCUAUAUUUGGCAUCGAUAGAUCCUAUAACUGGCGAAAUAACAUCUUAUGGUGAUCCGUUGAUGACAUUUGGUGGCAAAUACCUCGGUACUCAUGAAUCAGAAUGGAAUGUGGAACGAAUGACAAUUUCAGCACCUGAAGUGUUCAGAUUGGUAUUCUGGGCAAAAACAGGAGGGUAUUAUAAUGACAUCAUCGCCAUUGAUGACGUAAGCAUCGUUGACAAAGAAUGCGACUCUUCUUAUUUUAUGAUUCCUCAAUAUUCAAGUCUGCUUGAAUCGUAUUCCGUCGACGAAUAUUCAGCGAGUCACAUUAUGUAUACAGGAAAUCCUGGAUACGCAUUUCAACUUCUGAUCUACCCCAACGGUCAACAAUCAGCAAUUGAUGAAGGAUACGAAGACUACAUGGCAAUCUAUUUCCGUCUUGUGGGUGGAAAAUAUGACAAUGAGUUAGAAUGGCCGUUUGACAAGCAAUUUGUCCGAAUUGUGGUGACAGACCAGGGACCAAAUCCAUUGACUAGAAUGAACUAUUAUCUGAACUUCCUGACAGAUGCUACAUCGCUUGAUUUUGCUGCUUUCAGACAGCCGGGUGGCUUAGGAUCAUUUAAUAAUGCUGUAGGAUACAGUCACUACAUAUCGAAUACAAGACUAACAACAAGUGUUGGAAGAAGAUAUCUCAAACAUGACGUACUAUAUCUCUCUGUACAAGUUACCGAUAUGCGUCCAUUUGAAAAUGGAAGCAACGAGAUUUCGGCUCAACUUCGUAAUCCCGUUAUCAGAAACGCCCGUGACCUUCAACCUCUCCUGACCCCGGAAGUCUACGAAACUUCCGAUCAGGAACCAAUGAAGAAGGAAUCGGACGCAGAAGAUUUCAAGGAAGAAACCAACAACAACAACAACAACAAAGGAAUGAUCACAGUCAAAACCACUGUUAUCAUUGUUGUAACAUUAUCGUCCAUGAUAUUCUUAUUCAUGGCUUUCCUCAUUUGUGCCGUGGCGUCCUCCAAUAGCAAUAAAAUGAAACAGGUUCCGACGGUUCAAAAUAAUAUCAGUCAUGAACCAAGAUACGUGAUCAACCAUUCUUAUGGAUACGGAGAUGAAGGAAUUUAAAGAAACUAUCGAACUUAAUUCUGCCUAAUUUUUUAAAUAUUCGUACAAUUGAAAUUCAUUUUUUGACCUAAAUGUGGUGUCACUAUCAGAUAUACAAAUAAAUAGAUCUUAGAAUAGUAAUAAAUAUAAAUAAAAUUUGUAAUGCUGAAUUAUUUUUCAAUUCUGUUUUUUAAAUGAUUUUUUGUAUAUAAUUCUCAUAGCCAUGCCAAUAUAUAGCUAAA